AUGGCUCCUAUGCUUCACCAGACUCCCGGUCAAACAGCUCCGAGUCUCAUGCCUCAGCAAUCCGGUGCGCCAUCUCAAUAUCCUGGUGCUGCAAGCCAGUUUAUGCACCCUCAGCCCACCGGGCACCCUAUGAUGCCUCAGCAUAACGGCCAACCGUCAGUGACUCCGAUGAUGCCUCACCAUACUGGUCAACCGAUGAUGCAGCCUCAAUCUACAAGCCAGCCCAUGCAAAUGCCUCAAUCGACUGGUCAGGUCAUGCAACCUCAACAUACUGGUGCACCAACCGCUAAACAGCCCACUCCACCACAACCAACUGCGAUUCCUCAACCUAUGGUGGUCCCGGUUACGGUUCCAAUUGCUCAAACCACCCCUAUGGUCGUUCCUGGUACCAUUCCGGUCAGUGUCAGUCAGCUUCCUCCUAACCCGCCUACCCAAACGCACACCACUGUACCAGCUUAUACUCAGCCUACCAUUCCACCACAACCUCCCUCGAUGUCCCAAAGAACACCUCGAGCACCUGCAACAGCCAUUCGCACUACACCAGACAGGAACAAGGCUCCUACUUCUAGUCGAACCCAGGCUACUCGAUUACCUCCAGCUAAUCGAACAGGCGUAUCUACCGUUCCGCAGGUCCCUCAUCCAGAGUCUGUCCACCAACCCCAUGCGGCUGACAGCUACUUGGAUCGAUUCGAGCAUGAUCCAGAUCUGAAGAAGAUGAUGGGUGGAGCAAGAUCGAAGACCAUACAUUCAUCAGCUAUUCCACCUUCGGUUACCGAGCAUUCACGAGCACCUACUCAGCCUCUGACAGCGGCUCGAUCAACCUUUGACGAUAAUGCUUCCAACGUCGAUAAGCCUUUGCCGAAUCCGUUUCCCCCAUCUCAGGUGUUAGGUCGAAGUCACACCCAUCGAACACCCUCCACCAUUAGGCCGAGUCAAAGUGCCAACAACAGCCAAAAGAUGGCGAGAAGGAUGAGUCUAUCAGAUUGUUUACACAAUUCUCACGCUAUAAGGAUGAGUCAAAUUCCCGAUGGCGAUCGAUACCCUGCUUUCCCAAUUGGCGGUAAUCAUCAGGGUAGGACUCACUCUAGAAAUACUAGUUAUGGUUCUGCGGAUCCAGCUGGAAUCGGACUUCCCCCUUCAAGGGGUGUGUCGAAUGUUCAAUCACCCAAUUCCGAGUAUCAAGGAGGCGGACGAAGCUCUACGCGACAAACUCCCAUCAGGAGUGGAAGGACCAGCGCUCGCAGUCGAGUAGCAGGUGCUCUUAGAAACGAUAUGGAUUUCGAUGGUGAAUUACCAGGAAUUCAAGAGGAUGAUGAGGAGGAGAUGCAGAGGCAUGGUCAUGCGCAGGUACCUCCACCGAUGAUGCAUCCCAAUGGUAAUGGCAUGCCACCUUCCCAAGUGAUGCGUCCGAUGCCACCCCACAGUGCGAGAGGUCCACCUCGUGCACCACCUAGUAUGCCAAGCAUGAGACAUCGGAUCAACCCGGUCAUGCCGCAACCACUGGGCGGUGGACCACAUCCAUUAGCAGGACCCAAUAAAACCUUCUCCGAACCUCACCCCACCCGAGUGGAUAAGGGUCACAAAUCUCAUCAUUCUCUCUCAGCACUUUACCAUCAUCGAGAUCCGGCCGGCGCUCGAUCUGAGCAUUUACCAGAACCGGGAUCAGUCUACCAUCCACCAAAGACACACGACCUGUUCGUACCACCCGGUUUGGCUCCUGUAGCUGUCAGCGGCGGAGUGGAAGACGUACAAGGACCUCGAACGUCCGCGUUGGGGCUUAGUGGUGUAGGUAGUGAUGAUGGUAGGAUGAGAGCGCCAACUAUUACUGUCCAACCUCCCUCAUCCCAUUCCAGAUCUAAUCAUCCGACCUCAGCUCUUUUUCCACCUUCACCCAAAACCCCUAGACCACCCCAAUCGCCUGCUCGAACUGAAGUAGCCAGUAAAGGAGGUAGACAGGUUAUCAAUCUCGACUCACCACCUGCGCCAGGAACCACCCGUCAAACAGUCAUUAUCACCGAGCGAUCCGAUCCUCGACCGGAAGCUCAUGAGGUGUCCUUGCCUAAAUCAAAGAGUAAUGCACCUACUGCAUACUCUGGUAUGAGUCCAGAGAAUGUUCAAGAUCCGAGAGAUGUGCCAUUACCGCCAACUAAGACGCCCGAUCCGACUGUCUACUCACCAAUGGAUAAGGAGUUCUCAGUGUCACAUCGAGACACCUAUCACCCUCCUCCGACUAAAAGCCCAGCUGGGGUUACUGCCACUCAAGCUCAGAGAAUACCCCUACCACUACCAAAAUCGAAUGCUCCUACAGCUUACACCCAUGCUCAAGGGAAACAACCAUUCCAAUUCCCUCUUCCGCCAUCCAAAAGUACUGCUCCAACCGCUUACACCACCAAGGAACCUCAUCAGGUACCUCUUCCUCCACCUAGGAGUAUGGCUCCGACCGCUUAUACCACCAGUCCGCCCGACAACCACACUACUCCUGGGCCGGGACCACAGGUGAGAUCGAUUGAUUUUGCAAAUGUACCUUUACCUAGAGGAGGGGGUACGGUGUAUGAUAUGAGAACUCAAGUCACUUCUGAACCUGAUAUCGACGAACCUCGAGGUUCAUCACGAUCGGCAACGCACAAGACUCCACCACCACCAUGGAAGACUGCUUCAACUAAGAAAUUACACAGGAAGCCAGUCCCUACUAACGGUGGAAAUGGGAAUGGCAAUGGGAUAGAACCUAGGAUGUAUCCUUUACCACCUAGUCGAGCACCUACGAGAGGUAAUAGAGCGAGUACGUAUGCGGCGUCUGUACCGCCCAUUGAAGAGGUGACGGAGCCUGAGAGUGGAAGGGAGAAUACACUGGUAGGAAGACAAUCUAGGCUGCACUAG